ACGGCGCCGCGCGGGGGCCCGGGGCCCGAGGGGGGCGGGGGAAGAUCCGCCUCCCGGUUGAGGAUUGCGUCCUACUUCGUGUCCGACUACGACCCCACCAUCGAGGAUUCCUACACCAAGAUCUGCCCGGUGGACGGCCGCCUGGCCCGGCUGGACAUCCUGGACACGGCGGGGCAGGAGGAGUUCGGGGCCAUGCGGGAGCAGUAUAUGCGGGCGGGACACGGUUUCCUCCUCGUCUUCGCCGUCAACGACCGCCCGAGCUUUAACGAGAUCGGCAAACUCCACACCCAGAUCCUGCGUGUGAAGGACCGAGACGACUUCCCCAUGGUGCUCGUGGGGAACAAGGCCGACCUGGAGGAGACCCGGCAGGUGCCCCGGGACGCGGCGCUGUCCUUCGCUCAUUCCCACCGGCUGCCCUACCUCGAGGCCUCGGCCAAGCUCCGCCUCAACGUGGACGAAGCCUUCCACCAGCUCGUCCGCGCCGUCCGGAAGUUCCAGGAGCAGGAGUCGCCGCCCACCCCUCCGGCACCAUCUGGGAAAAAGACGGCGGACGGGGGCUGCCCCUGCCUCCUCCUCUAGCUGCACCUCCGCCCCCGGCCCACCGCCCCUCACCGCCUCAAGUGCCUCCGUGGACCCUGUCCGUCCUCUCCACAGAAACACUACAUCCUCUCCCUCCCUCCCAUCCCGCCCCUACCCGAAGCCUGGGACCGGGGGCGGGGGGGGGGACGGGGGAGGGGGCGCCGAGACCCUCCCCCGCCUCCGGGCCCGGGCCGCCUCAGUGCCUCUCGUCCGUCCGCGCACCGGCCUGGGGGAUGAGGAGAGGGUCUGGCACCUGCUCACAGCUGUAUAUACCUCCUCGAACCUCCAAAUAAAGUCACCCACUCCGAUCACUA